AUGAGGCUCUACCUGCUCCCCGUCUCCACGCGGCGCACGCUCCUCUACGCCAACCGCCUCAACGCCGCCUCGCACGACGGCAGCCUCGUCGACCGCGGCGCCGCCUUCGCCGCGCGGAAAUGGGCGCAGUGGGAGAAGAUGGAGCGCGGCUGGCAGCGCAAGGUCGUCGACUACGGCAACCAGGCCUUCCGGCGCAUUCCCUUUGAGGAGUGGGGGCUCAAGUCGGUGCCGCCGCUGUCGGCUCGGCGCCGCGACGACGAGCUGCGGGGCCGCGAUCCCGUCCAGCUGGUGUUCCCGCCGGCUGCCAUCCCGGGGCACAAGGCGGAGGGGGUGGUGCGGCGGUUGGCGACGGAGAGGCAGGCGCUGCACCGGCAGAGGCUGAUAUGGUGCUUUGUGGGCAUGCCUAUAACGGCGCCCUUGGGCUUGGUGCCUCUAGUCCCCAACCUCCCCUUCUUCUAUCUCGUCUACCGCGCCUGGUCCCAUUGGCGAGCCAUCAACGGCGGCAAACACAUCCAAUGGCUCCUCCAACACAACCUCCUCCACCUCGCCCCCUCCAAAGAGCUCGACCAGCUAUACACAAAGGACGGCCAGGCCCCCGCCGACGAGCCCGGCGGCAAGGAGCAGAUGCUCAUCACCCAGAAGCAGAUCCAGGACUUUUCGGAAACCCUCGACCUGCCGGCCGUCGAGAUUGAGCUGGAGAGGGCCAUCUGGCAGGUUGAGCGCGCACUG